AUGCCCCAAUUCGGCCUAGCUGCAAAUGCUGUCUGCCCUUUUGAGGUCCUUAUAUAUCGAGCCCGACGUAUAUUCAUGUCAUCCCUUGGCUUCAAAUUGAAAAGUUUCCAAAAGAUGAGUCUUUGUGAGAUCUAUCAACCCUCAAUGAUACUGUUCAACAAUGUUAAUCCAUUUUCCAAUGAUGCUGCAGCUGAAGAGACAUUGUCUCCUUUGUUUUCCUUUACAGAGAACUCCCCUGAAAUCUCAUCCUCCAUGAAAUAUCUUGAAACUAUCUUCUAUGAUGAGUGCAUGGAAUUUCCUGUCCAUGGUGAUGAAUUACAUGCCAGUUCUGCAAUACAUGAUAUUUCUGCGGCAGAUGAUUCUUUUAUGGAUGUUGAUGAGUUUGAUUACAUUUUCAAUGCUGCUGAUGUCAAUAGCAUCCCACAACCUGUAAAUGAAACUGCAGAGAGUGGAGUAAGUUAUUGUUCUCAGCAGUUUCCAAGUGAUGAUGGAUUCUGUUCAUGGAAUCAUGAUCGUUCCAUGGAAGUAUGUGAAACAUUCAUGGACAAGACAAACAUGCAUCCACCCCCAGUUCUUCCCUCUGAAGGCAUGGAAGCAGGCAACCAACUCUGCCUAAUCCAUCUCCUCUUGGCUUAUGCUGAAGCGAUGGAUAAUCAAGAAACUGAGCUAGCAGAAGUGAUUUCUAGACACAUAAUCCAGAAAGUGAAUCCGGUUGGUGGAACAACAGAACGUGUCUUGUACUACAUGUUCCAACACCUGAACAAGCAACCAGAUUACCUUGAACAAGAGUCGUCCAAGAACUUCUAUCCAGCCUUCAUGGCAUUCUACCAGAUGUUCCCUUAUGGGAAGUUUGCUCAUCUCGUGGCCAUUUUGGCCAUCCUAGAAGCCAUGCCUUGGGAUGCUGAGAUCAUACACUUAAUUGAUUUCGACAUUGGAGAAGGGGUUCAAUGGGCACCCUUUAUGGAGGCCAUCAAAUAUCAACAUAAGGAAAUAAGAUUAACGUCGGUGAAGCUCAAUGAAGAAGAUGAAACUAACCCCUCCAGAUGGGGAUUUGAGGAGACAAAGAGGAGAUUAUGUGAUCAUGCAGAUUCAUAUGGCCUAAAAAUGGAAGUACAGGAAGUGGGAUUGCAAGACUUAGAAAGUAUGAUGAAGAACAUGAAGGAAGGAGAGUAUGGGAGGAAAUCAUGGUAUGCAUUCAAUUGCCAUGUGGGGCUUCCACAUAUGGCAAGAAUUAGGAAUAGAAAUGAUGUUUUGGAGUUUCUAAGUGUGGCCAACAAUUCACUACACCAUGUCAAGGGCAUCAUAACCUACGGUGAUGGAGAUGCAUGGCACAACAUUUCAAGUUCUUGUAGUUACACUACAUUCUUGGACAACAAUUUUACGCAUUAUCAAGCCUUGUUAGAGUCCAUGGAGUCCAAUUUUCCGGCCCACCUCGGAGAAGCAAGAAUUGCCUUAGAAAGUUUGUUUGUGGCACCGUUAGUUCGUUGGGGCACGUGGGAUCGAAAAUGGGAGGAGAAGAAGCAAUGUGGUGAAUUUGAGGUUGGAGUAGGGUUGAAGGGGUGGAAAUUUAGUGAAGCAAGUGUGGUGGAGGCCAAAGAAAUGGUGAAGAGUGAAUAUGGGGUGAGGAUUGGAUUUGGAGGUGAGAAGAAGAAUGAAAUGGUGAUGGAGUGGAAUGGUAUUCCAAUGGUGAGAGUUUGUUGUUGGAUUAGUUAA